AUGGCCGCAGCGUAUGCUACAGACGUGCCCUUCAACGGGGCCGACGAUGAUGACGGCAUGCCCCCGCUCGUGGAUGCCCCAGCUCCGUCCAUGACAUUCACAUUCGCGACGGACAUGACGCCCAUCACGUUCAGCACCGACCCACUCAGCUUCGAGCUGCCUCCGGGCGACAUCCCCGCUGACCUGUCCGCGUACUCGCCGCAUACAUCCCCUGCGCUCGGCCCCAUUCGGGUCUCGCACGCGAAAAAGCGCGAUGCCUCGUACAUUCCGCGCCCGCCGAACGCGUUUAUCCUCUUUAGAUCGUCGUUCAUCCAUGCGCAGCACAUCCCGGGCAAGAUCGAGGGCAACCACAGCGCGCUCUCGAAGAUCAUCGGUAAAUACUGGAAGGCGCUCCCGCGCGAGGAGAGAGAAGUGUGGGAGGCCAAGGCCGUCCUCGCGCAGGCCGAGCACCGCAAGCGCUACCCCGACUGGCGGUUUAGGCCCGCGGCGAACGCGCUCGCAAAGGUAAAGGACGGCCCUAAGAGGCGCGUCAAUAAGAAGGGGCGCGGGGAGGCAGAGAAAGAAGAACACAGCCGCGAAAAGAGGUGCGCCAUAAUCGCCGAUCUCCUCGUAGCAGGCAAGACGGGCUCCGCGCUGGAGGCGGCCAUUAAGGAGUAUGACUGCACGGCUGGAGCGGCUACGAAGAUCAAGGAGGAGAGCGUUGGGGGCGCAGACGCCCCCGUGAGCAGACAGGAAGAGGCAAAGGCACAGAGUCCGGCCACGGUCGAGGUCCCCAUCGAGCAUCCCUCUUCCGCCAAACCCGCUCGCAAGCGUGCGGAUACGGCAGAUGUGCGUCCAAUGACGCCGGACCCUGCAUUCGACGCUCGUUUCAAGGUCCCUCUCACGGCGAUGUUCAAGCGGUCUUCCUCCGCCCCCGCCCCGCACACGCGCAGCGGCACCGGUAGCGGCUAUUUCGACGCCAGAAAAUUCGCCCUCGUCGCCCAUGGCGAUCUCGCUGCCGCGGGCGCGUCUUGGGCCGCCAACGUGCCCUACACGAAUUAUCCCAUCGCGCCUCCUGGUAAACACGAGGAUGCACCACGUGCAGACAAUCUUGUUGGUACUGCCAGUGACGGCACAGGAGCUGCGCGCGCAGGGGGCGUGUCGGUGGCGCAGCCGCUUAUUCCAGAAUUCUUCGCCGCGGGGUCGUUUUCGCCUGUCCUCGGUCAGUGGAAUGAGAUGUACGCCGCAAGCCCCGCGCAAUCGGGCUGCUGGAGUCCCCCAUUACCCGCGUUUGUGCCCGACGCGGACAACUUCUCUAGCCCGCUGCAGUCGCCGAUGUCUGCGCCAUUCAAUCUUCGGGACGCUUUCCCCGAUGCAGAUGCAGGCGUGUUUGGUGCAGCGCAAUUCUCGCAUGAACCUCACCAGUCCUCGUACUCCUCGCUGAAGGGCUGGGCCGGGGACGCAUAUUUCAAACGCGUUAACCCCGAAUUCGCAUUCGCGCCUCCAUUCGCGCUGCCGCCCGUCGCAGACGCUGCUAUGAUGCAUGACCCGCUCGAAGGAAGCGUUUCCGCCAUGCACGGCGAUUGGUACGGCAAUAAUGGGGUCUUCGUCGCAUCGCUCAACCGCCCGUAUCUUCGAUGGGACUUCUUCGAUGGCAGCGAAGGCGUGCCGAUUUUUCCUCAAGCGCACGCAUUGAAUUGUCUCCCGGACGACCGUCUAUUCUUCAAUUGA